AUGGAUGAUAAAUCAAUCGAUUUAGGGCUAAAUGAGAGAGAAUUGAGGGUUUUUUUUUCACUAUCGAAGAAAGAAUAUUUUCAAAGGGUUGGAUACUGCAAUAGCAUAGCUGAUGAAGAUGCUUAUGCAGAUGACAUUUGGUAUUUGCUUCACUCCAAGGAGAAUGAUAAUACUGGACUUGGAUUCUGGAAGGUCAAAUAUGAGGCCUGUAAGCUGUUCUCAAACUCAGCCAUCACUGGCUGGAGAACCACCCUUGAAUUUUUUGAAGGCCGAGUACCUUAUGAGCGUAAAACUGACUGGUUGAUGCAAGAAUACCGGAUAACUCAGAAAGCACAGAGUGAAAAAAGCAAGGCCAAGGAAGCCAGUUCAUUAUGCAGAGUAUUUCUUGGUGGUGAUAGAGCUCUAGACCAUGAAAAGCAGGUGAUUGCUGGCCCCCAUAUUGACAGGGAUGCCCUCUUUCACCUGCCACAGUCAAUUGAUCCAAGGACUCCUGCUGAUACAAGCAACGGUUCCGCAAGCAAACCUGAGGUGAGCGAGGAUGAUGAAACUGGAAAGUUGGCUGCAAUGGCAAGACCUCCAAAUCUCCUGGUCACAAAUCUGCCCAUCACAAAUCCGCCCGAAAUUGAUUAUCUUUCCAGAGGUGACUACUUAGAACUGCUGGAUCUUGAUAAUCCAGCAUCGCCUUCUUCAAGUUCAGAUAAUUCGAGUUGCUUGACCAUGUCAUCAGAUGAAUACUUCGACUCAAUUGCUUUGUUGCGAGACCUAGAAUCUGAAAGUAAUCAGGUUUUGGUGCAAAAGGAUAAGGAUUGCAAGCAUAGCGUCACUGCAUCUCUUAGAAUAGAUCAGGUGGUUAUGCUUCCAGCUUCUCAGGGAUCUUAUGUCAGCAUUGAAGGAGGCAAGCCACCUGUUGAAGCAACUGAUUCGUCCAUAGUUGGCAAUGGUCACAAAGAUUUAGAUAUUCAACGUGCGGUCAGAGAUCAGAAAGCAAAUUUCAGGGAUGAGGGUCCAUCAUCAAAUUCUCAUGCUGUAGGUACAUCAUCAGGUGGCCAUGUUGCAUCUCCAGAUGAAGAGGAAAAGGCUGCCAGACGCAGAAGGAAAAGGCUCAGGAAGAAGUAUCUGUGCUUCAUGCCAUUUUACUUCCUCUUCUGA